UUAGAAUUGGGUUAGUUUUCCGAUUUGUGCAGAUUGCGACGGUUCAAGACUGAUAUACAAAAAUGGAACACUGGAGUCAAUACAAAGAUGAACUGAUAGCCACUGCAAAGGCACUAGUGACUCCUGGAAAAGGAAUCCUAGCUGGAGAUGAGUCUACUGGCACCAUAGGAAAGCGUUUUGCUUCCAUUCAAGUAGAAAAUAAUGAAGAGAACCGAAGAAGUUAUCGGGAGCUGUUGUUUACUGCUCCUAACUUUGGUCAUUAUAUUUCUGGUGUGAUUACUUUUGAGGAAACUCUAUAUCACAAGACUAGCCAAGGGAAGCCUUUUGUGGAUGUGAUGAAGGAGGCGGGUGUGAUUCCUGGUAUUAAAGUGGACAAAGGAGUUACUCCCAUUCCUGGUACCAAGGAUGAAACUUCUACUCAGGGUCUGGAUUCUCUUCUGAGUCGUUGUCAGAAAUACUAUGAGACAGGUGCAAGGUUUGCCAAAUGGAGAGCGGUCAUAAAGAUAUCCAUAGCAGAUGGUUGUCCUAGUGAUGUGGCGAUCAAGGAAAAUGCUUGGGGAUUGGCUCGUUAUGCAGCAAUAUGUCAACAAGCUGGUCUGGUUCCAAUAGUAGAGCCGGAAGUUCUUAUGGAUGGAGAUCACACUAUUGAAGACUCUCAACGAGUGACAGAGAAAGUUUUAUAUGAGGUGUAUUAUGCACUGCAUCAACAACAUGUUUUAUUAGAAGGAACACUUUUGAAGCCUAAUAUGGUUCUUCCUGGAACUGAUUGCAAGGAUAAGGCUUUUCCAAAGAAAAUUGCAGAAUGUACCGUUCGUACUUUACAGCGUACUGUCCCUGCUGCAGUUCCUGGUAUUGUCUUUCUAUCAGGUGGUCAAUCAGAGGAGGAAGCUUCAGUUAAUUUGAAUGCCAUGAAUCAGGUGGAGAUGGUGAAGCCUUGGAAACUUUCCUUUUCUUAUGGACGUGCUUUACAAUCUUCUUGUCUUAAAGCAUGGCAAGGAAAGGCAGAGAACGUUCGAGCAGCACAAGAAGCCUUUUUGGCUCGUGCCAAAGCAAACGGUGAAGCAACUUUGGGUAAAUAUGCUGGUGGUACCGGUAAUAAUGAGUCUUUAUUUGUAAAAGAUUACAAAUAUUAAGAAAGUUUGUGGUGACCUAUCUAUCAGCAGUAUUUCUUUUGUGCUGGCAUGAAACUCUGAAUAAAAGUUGGUUUUCAAAG